AUGUCCUCCUCGUCGGUGGUUUCGCACUCGCUGUCGGACUCACCAACCUCGCGGCGCCGGUGGAAGAUGCAGCACUCUGGCACGUCGGGACCAAUCGCCGUGCAGGGCUGCCUUCACGGGGAGCUCCGGCGUGUGUAUGACUCCAUCGCCCUGGCGGAGAAGCUCAACAAUGUGAAGGUCGACUUGCUCAUCAUCUCCGGCGACUUUCAGGCCAUGCGCCACUCGAAUGACCUGGACACGCUGCAGGUUCCCCCCAAGUACAAGGUGCUCGGAGACUUCCCGGACUACUACUCCGGCCGGGUGGUCGCCCCCAUCCCCACCCUUUUCAUUGGCGGCAACCACGAGGCCAGUGGAUAUAUGCGUGAGCUCAUCACUGGUGGCUUCGCCGCGGAGAACAUCUACUUCAUGGGCAGCAGCGGGGUCAUCCGGUUCGGGCCGCUGCGCAUUGCCGGCUUGUCCGGCAUCUUCAAGCCGCAAUCCUUCCAGAUGGGCCACAUCCACCAGCCGCCCUACUCGCCAGGAACCAUUCGCUCGGCAUACCAUGUCCGGCGGGUGGACAUGGCCCGGCUGGCGCUGCUCCAGCACCCGGUCCUGCCCGGAGCGGCGCCUCCUGUGAAUGUAUUCCUGUCGCACGAUUGGCCGGUCGGCAUCACGGACUUCGGUGACUGCCGGCGUCUGAUUCGCUCGAAGCCCUACUUCGAGGAGGACAUUCGCAACCGCGAGCUGGGGAAUCCCCUGUCCAUGGACAUGCUCCUGAGGCCCUUGCGGCCGCACUAUUGGUUCAGUGCGCACCUGCACGUCAAGUUUGCGGCCCUUGUGCCGCACAGCCCGGCCCCCGGCCCGGCCGAGCCCCCGGCAAAGCGCCCGCGCACGGGCGACCAUACGCCACUCGGGGACGCCACCGGGGCUGAGGCCUCUGCCGGGUGUGAGGCCGCCGAUCAGGCGGCGGGUCCCGCCAUCGUCCCAGAAUCCAAGGUUGCUUUGGCCUGCACGCGCUUCCUGGCCCUGGACAAGUGCCAUCCUCGAGGGCACUUCAUCCAAUUGGUCCCACUGAACCUUGGCGAGACAGUGCCCGGCCCAGCAGGCGAGGACGGCCCGGCCUCGACCCCUCGGCCGGCCUAUCGCUUCGAGUACGACGACGAGUGGCUGCUCAUCAUGCGCCGGACAAAUGCCGCUCUUUUCGGGGCGCUCUUUACGGAGGCUCACCAGGAGCGUCUUCUCCGGCAGCAGGCGCUUCUGGCCGAGGCGUGGAAAACCGGCGAGGGCCCAUAUGCCGAGCAUGUGGCCCUCGAGCGGCAGUGGCUGGCCGAUCUGCACGCCAAGCACGCCACGAAUGACGGCACUGGCUGGGGCGGUAUCCCGGUUCUCCCCUUCGAGCCCAGUCUCUCCGACGCCCUGCCCACCAGUAAUCCGCAAUCCUCGAAGCUCAGUCAGAUGCUCGGCCUGGAGGACUUCCUCCGGCACAGUGCCGAGACCAGGGCUUGCUCCGUGCGCGACUGGCAACAGCGCACCUUCCUCGACUGGUCGGAGGCCGACGAGAUGGCUGUCGCCGCCAGUGCGGCUGCCCCUCCGACCGACGCCGCAUCCCCCCUGUCCGACAGUGGGGCGGAGGCCUCGGUCAAUUUGGAUGCUAUUGAUCUCGACGAUGAGGACGAUGAUUGGACUCCCUCGGCCGACGGGGGACAGGGCCCGUCGCAGCCGAUCUGCACGGCCAACCCGGAUGCGAUUGACCUUGAUGACGACGAUGAUGCUGAUGAUGCUGAUGUCGAUGGUGAUAGCGGUGCCGCCAUCCAGGAAAGUGCGGGGCAGAGUGCCGAAGCGCCGCUGGCCCAAGAUCACAGCUCUGCCAUCAAUCCGGACGCCAUCGACCUGGACGAGGAGGACUUGGCAGAUUAGCUGCCAUCUGUUGGCUGAAAUAGAGUGCGCCGUGUCUGGACAAUGUAUAUUUGGGAUG